UGUGUUAGACUGAACAACGGACCCAAGUCUGUCUUUGUUCCUUGUUUGGGAAGCAAGUGGGAGGGGAGCAGACUGAGGGGCUAUAUAACCCUUCAGCAUUCAGCUUCUUCGAACACCACCCAGAGUGGAGCAGCCCAGCCGAGCAGUGUCAGGGACUAGGUGCAGUAGCUCCAGCCAAGAUGUGUGAAGAAGAGGACAGCACUGCCCUGGUGUGUGACAAUGGCUCUGGGCUCUGUAAGGCCGGCUUUGCUGGGGACGAUGCUCCCAGGGCCGUUUUCCCGUCCAUUGUGGGACGUCCCAGACAUCAGGGGGUGAUGGUGGGAAUGGGACAAAAAGACAGCUACGUGGGUGAUGAAGCACAGAGCAAAAGAGGAAUCCUGACCUUGAAGUACCCAAUAGAACACGGCAUCAUCACCAACUGGGACGACAUGGAAAAGAUCUGGCACCACUCUUUCUACAAUGAGCUCCGUGUUGCCCCAGAAGAGCAUCCAACCCUGCUCACCGAGGCGCCCCUGAACCCCAAGGCCAACAGGGAGAAGAUGACCCAGAUUAUGUUUGAGACUUUCAAUGUCCCAGCCAUGUAUGUGGCUAUUCAGGCGGUGCUGUCCCUCUAUGCCUCUGGACGUACAACUGGCAUUGUGCUGGACUCUGGAGAUGGCGUCACCCACAACGUGCCCAUCUACGAGGGCUACGCCCUGCCCCACGCCAUCAUGCGCCUGGACCUGGCUGGCCGGGAUCUCACCGACUACCUCAUGAAGAUCCUGACUGAGCGCGGCUACUCCUUCGUGACUACCGCUGAGCGUGAGAUUGUCCGGGACAUCAAGGAAAAACUAUGCUAUGUAGCCCUGGACUUUGAAAAUGAGAUGGCCACUGCCGCGUCCUCCUCCUCCCUUGAGAAGAGCUAUGAGCUGCCUGAUGGGCAGGUGAUCACCAUCGGCAAUGAGCGCUUUCGCUGCCCGGAGACCCUGUUCCAGCCGUCCUUCAUCGGGAUGGAAUCUGCUGGCAUCCACGAAACCACCUACAACAGCAUCAUGAAGUGUGAUAUUGACAUCCGGAAGGACCUCUAUGCUAACAACGUCCUGUCUGGGGGCACCACCAUGUACCCCGGCAUUGCCGACCGCAUGCAGAAGGAGAUCACAGCCCUAGCGCCCAGCACCAUGAAGAUCAAGAUCAUUGCCCCUCCGGAGCGCAAAUACUCCGUCUGGAUUGGUGGCUCUAUCCUGGCCUCUCUGUCCACCUUCCAGCAGAUGUGGAUCAGCAAACAGGAGUACGACGAGGCUGGGCCGUCCAUUGUCCACCGCAAAUGCUUCUAAAACACUUCCCUGCUCUGUGUCUGUAGCACACAACUGUGAAUGUUUUGUGGAAUAACGUCUUCAAUUCUUUUCCAAACCACUCCCAGCCAAAGCUCUGACUCGUUGCUUAUGUGUUUUUUAAUAAAUCUGAAACAUGUUACCGGUAA